CAAAGACAAGAUUGAACUCAAACUCAACCAUUCAAAUAGUAGAAGGAAAGCACUCAACUGUAGAAUGUUUCUCAGACAGCAAUCCCCCAAUUAUAGAAAUAUUCUGGCGUUUACCAAAUAAAACCAUAGUAUAUAAAAACAGCGGUAGCACUAGUCAUUUGGUUUUAAUAGCUGUAAAUAGGAGACAAGAAGGUUAUUAUGAAUGUAUAUCGAUGAAUAUGGUUGGAGCUGGAAAGGCAGGACUUCAUCUUGAAGUGCAAUAUCCACCAAGUGUAAUGAUCAUUCAUGAUAAUUUUACAAUUAACAAAGAACUUAGAAUUCUUGAAUGUAAACCUGAUGGAUUUCCAAAUGUUUAUCACUUUGACAGAUGGGAGCACAAGUCUUUUUUCGGAGACCAUAUUCGCUAUUUAAAUGCCAAUAAUGGUAUUCUUAUUCUCCCUAAUGUGAAAAGUAAAAUCGAAAGAUAUCAGGAUAGCGGUGUCUAUUUAUGCGCAGUAAAUAACGGUAUUCCAGAUCAAAAUGGUGAUAUCAACCAGCAAGGACAAACAAGCGUCAGUGUCAAAGGACUGCCAGUAUUUGUCGAAUCAAAUGAACCAUUUCAAAAGGGGAAAAUGGAUAAUUUUGCAUUUUUGACCGUUCAUAUAAUAAGCAAUCCAAAGUAUGACGAUGUGUUUUGUUCAACCAGUAACUGGAAACUUUCGUUAAAGAAUAACCCAAACAUUUUUAAUGAGGAAGAAUCGAUCAUCAGAGACAUUUUCCAUAAUAAUGAAAUAUUAGUUCAUGGUUUUACAGUAACAUUCAAAACAGUUAGAAUGAAGAAAAAUAAUUUUCAUAACUACACGGUUACAGCCGUAAACAAGUAUGGCUCAGCAUCCUAUAAUAUUUGUUUGGUGGAGAAUGUAAAGAAACAAGAACAGCUAACAGAUAUUCAGGGACCCGUUAUUUUCUUGAUAUCUGCAGGUGCAAUUUUAUCAUCGAUAAUUGUAAAUCUGUGUAUCAUGGUAUUAUACAGAAGAUGUAAACGAAGACGUUCAAUCCAAUCAUCAAAUGAGGUGCAAUUUCAUUACGACGAAAUAAACGAAAGUGAACAAGUCAAUAUCAGUCAUAUGUUACAAAACCAAAGAAGCAAUAUUCAAGAGCCACCGUCUGUAAAUAUUAUACGCUCAUUCUCUUCAAAUUUUAGUUCUUCAUCUUCAUCUAAAAGUGAGCAUGUAUAUCUUGAUCCCUACACCUCAUUUAUACAGAGUGAAAAUUAUAUAACUUUGGGCAUUAUGAAAAUGCAAACUCCAUGUACAAUACGUGAUAAAAUAAAUCCGUUCUUUUCUUUGACGUGCGUAGCGGCUGAGAAUAAAUUUAAGUGUACACAAAAAGGAAACUGGAAAUCGAGUCGCCAGUAUCGCAGUGCUGAAUUUUGAUGCGUGUUUUUCUCUCUUCUUAUUGUUGACAAUUCUACCAGACAAUAUAUUUUAUUUGCAUAGUGUGUAGUGCACAGUUUACAUAUUGCAAUUUUUACCAUUAGCAGGCAGUAAACAUCGAACUAUCCGUGCCAAAACGAAAAAUCAAAUAUAAUGCUAGAAUACAAUAUAAGAACGAUAAAUCAAUAACCAAUUAAAAGCUUGUGUGAUAUUUGAGUGGGUUAAACAUAUCUAGUUUCGCAUUCGUUUUUCUUACCGGUAUUUGAGAAGGGUACUUCAUCUGAAAAAGAGCAUGACAAAAUUGAGGGAGCUGUAUCAAUUGUGAUACGCCAUCAACCGAUUCGAAAU